AUGCCUUAUCAUAAACUGACAUCUCAUAUUGUAGCAAAAUCUUACUUCCCUAUUGGAUCAUCAAUAACAUUAGCCUUGUCAACAGUUGACUCGGAUGGGAAAUCACCUAUUUCAACAGAUACUAUAUUGUUAAGUAGUUUAUAUAAUGAAAUGCAUUGGUCCAUCUUUAUAACGAAAGCUCGUGCACAGAAAUCAAAAAUUGUUUUUGAAAACGAUUUGAAUUUAGCAGAUAGUUAUGUGUUACAAGUACGAAAUGUUAUGGAGGUUGAACAAAAUUUAAAGCUAUUAACAACGCUCCAUUCAUGGAAUCCGCAUGCUAAUUUCUUAGUUUUGUUAAAUAUUGUUGUUGACAAUUAUCAUACAGUUAUUUCAUACUUCAUCGAACGUUUAUGGACAAGACGUCAAGUAUUGAAUGUUGCAAUUUUGGUACAUAAUCCAAAGAAUCCAACACACUUAAAUUGUUUCACAUGGCUUCCAUAUAUUAAUGGCCAUUGUGGUGAUCAAUUUAAGGAUAAGACAAUAAUUGGUGAAUGUUUUGAAGGAGUUAUUCAUAUAGCAGAAUCAAAUGGAACAUUGUUUCCAGAAAAAAUCCCAAACGAUUUAAAUGGAUGUCCAAUACGUGUUCAAUCAUACCUUUUACAGCCGUACGUUUUUCCACAUGAUCCAGAAGUAAUAGAUGAAAAUAAUGCAGCGACUUUGGAAGGCGUCGAAAAACGCUUAGUUGAUGUUAUAGGGCAAAAAUUAAAUUUAACACCAAAAUAUCAAAUAUCCAAAAAGCAAAAUACUUUAGCCUAUACUUUAAAACAAUUGGCAACAUCGAAAGCUGAUUUAAGUAUUGGAGCAAUUUCACCUGAUAAUGAAAAACAUAAACAAUUCGAUUUCACACACACAUAUUUAGAUGAAAGUGUAACCUGGUGUGUGCCUUCGUCAGAGGAAACACCGCGAUGGAAAAACUUUAUAUUUUCUUUCACCUAUCAGUCAUGGAUAUUAAUAAUUUUUGCAUAUAUUUCCUGCUCAAUGCUUACGUGGUAUUUAAGUCGUAAUGAUGUUUUGGAAUCAAUGAAUUAUCGAAAUUUAGGUACAUUGUUAGUAUGGAACUAUUCGAUUUUAAUGAGUAUUUCCAUUCCUGAUCAACCACGACGUCCCAGUGCCCGUUAUAUUAUUUGUUCCUACAUUAUAUUUUGUUUCAUAGCCAGUGUUACUUUUCAAACAUUUCUAAUGAGCGUCUUAACUGAGCCGACAUUUGAAUCACAAAUAUCAAAUUUUGAUGAGUUAAUUAAAUCGAAUUUAGAUUAUGGUAUAAUGGAAUCACACCGACGUUUCUAUGAAGCUGAUCCAAAAUAUACGGUAGUUUUAGAAAAGGCAAAACUGUGUGAAGAUAUGAAUAUUUGCCUUUAUAAUGUAUCAUUUCAUAAAAAUUUAGCUGUGGCUUUACCCCGAUUAUAUAUAAAUUAUAUUGGUGCACGAUUUUUGGAUGCAAAAGGGCGAUCAUUAAUUCACGCGUUUAAAUCGGAUAUUGUGACAUAUCCAAUUGAAAUGUUAAUGUCAAAAGGAUUUCCAUUACUUGAAAAAAUUAAUAUGAUUGUUUUAUACAUGAAAGAAACAGGCUUAUUAAUGAAAUGGCGCAAUGACUUUUUAUCUGAAACAAAUGCUGUCGACAGUGAUAUUACCGUUGAAGAUGAAGAAGAAAAAGGUUUAACAUUGCAAGAAGUACAAAUUUCAUUUUUAAUUAUUUUGAUUGGUUGUAGCAUAGCGAGUCUAGUCUUUGUUUUUGAACUUUGUUGGAAACGGUUUUAG